AUGAAAUAAAUUCUCAUUUUAGCAUUACUCCUAAUCUUAGUUCUUGGUGAUUAACAUUAUAAUAAACGAGAACAUUAUAAACACAAGAAAGGACAUGGUAAAUAAAUUAGUAUAAACUAGUAUUUAAGUGGAUUUUGAUUUCUAUAUUUGCAGUUGUGGCUUUUAUAGUAAUUAGAAAAAUAGUAAGAAGAAGAAGACAUAUGAAGAGAAUGAAAAAGCAGGGAAAGAAUUAAUUAUCAGAAUCUGUAGCUUUUGGAGAACCAAUUAAUGGUAAUGUCUAACAACCUUAAUUUUAUGCUGUUCCUAUUGAAUAAUAUGAACAAUUUAAAAAUUGGAUGAAAUAGUAAAAAUAACAAUAAGAAGCAUUAUUAUAAUAAUAAUAAUAGAUACAACAAUAAUUAUUAUUAUAAUAAUAAUAGUCUACUCAAAACAUUUAAAAUCCUUAAUAACCUGUUGCUGGAUAUCCAAUAUAUUAAUAAUAUCCUCAAUAAGUACCAUAAAUAGUUUACCCUUAAUUAUUGAAUAAGAGUCAUGUUGAAACUUAAUUAACUGAUGUUAGGGGUCCAUAAUGAAC